AUGUCAAAAGAAAAGGUAGAGUUGGAAAACAUCAUCAGUAUCCGUUCAACAAGAUUGGACGUGGCUGAUCAUGAAAUCGACUUGCACGCUGUUGAAUCAGCUGCCUUGUCACUCAACCAUGUUGGCCAAACGUUCACAUCGAGUCAGAAGUACUUUAUCUUGAAAAGAUUGAACUACGAGGGUUUAGAAGAUCUUAAUGACAUCCCUCCAGGAGCUUCAUUCAUGAUUGAAAAAACUGAAAAAUUAACAGAACAAGAAUCUCUUGAGAUAAUCAAGGAAGCAAUCAUUGAACACAGUGAUGAUGUCAACAUUCCGUCCCGUGAUUACGAAUUAUGGGAAAACUUGGUUGAACAGGCCCCAAAUUCUUUAGAUGGGCAAACUGGUAUCAAGGAAAAAUUGAACUAUACCAUCGAAGACGAAAAGGGUCUGGUUGAUCUUGCUGACAAUGAAAGCGGCUACAAUGAUUACUAUCAAAUCGUUAACUGGAACUUGCAAAUCAGACUUGAAGCUGCACUUGUUGCUUACCACUCUCCUUACCCCGAAGUGAGAGCCGUUGCCGAUUGUUAUGAUGAUCCUACCUUGCCAGUUGAAACAUUAAGAGUUUACAUCUUGGGUAUAAUUUGGACUGCUAUCGGUGCUUUCAUUAACCAGUUUUUCGCUGAAAGACAACCUUCAAUUACGUUGAGUGCCGCUGUUGUGCAGUUGUUGCUUUACCCUUCUGGUGUCUUGAUUGCCACAAUUUUACCUGCUUGGAAAUUCAAAAUCUGGAAAUGCACCAUCGAUUUGAAUCCUGGUCCAUGGAACCACAAGGAGCAAAUGUUAACAACAAUCUUCUAUUCAGUUUCUGCUGGUACAAGUUAUGUCUCAUAUAACAUCCAUGUUCAAAAGAUGGAAAGGUUUUACAACAACCAAUGGGCCGACUUCGGUUACCAAACUCUCUUGAUCUUGUCGACUAACUUCUUAGGGUUUGGUUUUGCUGGUAUCAUGAGGAAGUUUGCAAUUUAUCCAAUCAGAUCUAUAUGGCCAACAACCUUGCCUACAUUAGCCUUGAAUAAGGCAUUAAUGCAAAAAGAAAGAAAGGAGAAUAUUAAUGGCUGGACUAUUUCUAGGUACUAUUUCUUUUUUGCUGCAUUUCUCUUUUCCUUUAUUUAUAACUGGAUUCCAACCUAUCUUUUCAAUGCCUUGUCUACUUUCAACUGGAUGACUUGGAUUGCUCCAAACAAUUUUAACUUGGUAAUGAUCACUGGAAGUGUGAAGGGCUUGGGAUUGAACCCAAUUCCAACAUUUGAUUGGAACAUUUUAAAUUGGAACUAUGCAUUGGUUUUUCCUUUCUACUCGCAAGCGAAUCAAUACAUUGGUAGCAUUAUUGGCUUCUUCACGAUUAUUGCUAUCUAUUGGACUAACAACAACUGGUCCAAAUACAUUCCUAUUAACACCUCUUCUCUUUUCAGUCAGAUUGGUACCAGAUAUGAUGUUAAAGCAAUUGUUAACGAGAGAAGUUUAUUUGAUCAACAGAAAUAUGAAGCUGUUGGACCACCAUACUACUCUGCAGCUAACUUGGUUGUCUAUGGUGCUUUCUUUGCCAUUUACCCAUUUGCCAUUGUUUACGAAGUUUUCAUGAACUACAAACCUAUGUGGAAAGCAUUGAAAGGAUUGGGUACUGCUCUUAAGAACUUCAGAAAAUCCACAUAUGAAGGUUUUGACGAUCCACAUACUAAGAUGAUGACUCGUUAUAAGGAAGUUCCAGACUGGGCAUUUGUAUUUGUAUUGGUGAUUUCUAUUGUGUUGGCCAUUUUGUGUGUUAAGCUUUAUCCAGCUGAGACUCCAGUUUGGGGUAUUUUCUUCACCGUUGGCAUCAACUUCUGUUUCUUAAUUCCAUUAACUGCUAUUUUCUCUACUACUGGUUUCCAAUUUGGUCUUAAUGUCUUGGUCGAAUUGAUUGUUGGUUAUGCUCUUCCAGGUAACGGUUUGGCUCUUAACUUCUUGAAAGCUUUUGGUUAUAACAUUAAUGGCCAAGCUCAGAAUUACAUUUCCGACCAAAAGAUGGGUCACUAUGCGAAGAUACCUCCAAGAGCCAUGUUCAGAUGUCAAAUGCUUUCCGUCUUCAUUACUUCGUUCAUCGGUUUGGGUGUUAUGAACUUUACCAUGUCCAGCGUCAACAACUACUGUGACCCCGAGAACAGACAGAAGUUCACUUGUCCUAACGCAACUGUUUUCUACAACGCUUCUAUUCUUUGGGGUGUGAUUGGACCUAAAAAGGUGUUUGAAGGUAUCUACCCUGUCAUGCAAUAUUGUUUCUUGAUUGGCUUCCUUUUGGCUUUCCCAUGUAUAGCCUUUAAGAAGUAUGGUCCAAAAAAAUUAACGAAGUACUUCCAGCCAACAUUGAUUAUUGGGGGAAUGUUAAUUUAUGCUCCUUACAAUUUGACUUAUUACACUGGUGGCCUCUACCUUUCUAUUGCCUCCAUGUGGUACCUUAAGAAGUAUUACACUACUUGGUGGGAAAAGUACAAUUUUGUUUUCUCUGGUGCCAUGGAUGCCGGUAUUGCUUUCAGUGCAAUUAUUAUUUUCUUUGCUGUACAGUAUGUUGAUAAGAGCAUUUACUGGUGGGGUAACAAUGUCCCAUACCUUGGUAUCGAAGGUGGUGAAGGUCAACAAACUCUUCUUACUGCUGCCCUUGAUGCCCCUGAUGGAUACUUUGGUCUCAGAAAUGGAACCUAUCCAUAG